AUGAGCUGGAGAGACGGGGACUUGACCAGUUGCCGCCGGAGCACUGACAUCCCAGAGCUCCUGGAGAAGGCCACGAGGCUGCGGGAGGAGGAGGAGGAGCGCGGCCUGGAGAAGAGCCUCUCGGAGCGCACGGCCGGAGGCUCCUGCCGAUCCUCGGGCAUCGAGUCCGGAGACGGCGGAGGGCGCGGCUCGGCGGGCCUGGUCAGAUCCGCCACCGCCCCGGCCGUCACCCCCGGCAGCGCCCGACGCGACGCGCGUUUGUCGGGAAUGAAGUCGUCAGGCGGCCGGUGUCGCUCACGCGGCUCGCGCGUCGGUGUGACGGUCACGCAGAGCCUGGCCGACGUGCUGUCCUUCAUCAAGCCCGGGUACCGCUGCAGCGGCGCCUCCUCCUCCUCCACCGCCUCGUCUGACAGUGACUCUCAGACGAAGAGAGACAGCCUGGACUCUGGACUCUCGGACAUGGCGGAGCAGGGCUCUGAGGGGCUGACUCUCGGCAGUCGGGGAGCAAAAGACGCCGCGUGGGAGCGGCCAGGACAGCCUCCUGGAGGCGCCCAGGGAGCCGAGACGCGCAGGCCGAGGAGGAGACGCACGGACAGAUUCACGCGGCACCUCGCUCCGGCACCGCAGCGCCGGGCUGCGUGGAGACGGACGGCAGCAGCGGGACGCUCUGCGCCACCACGGACGCCGAGGCCGCGAGCGGGGCCCCCGCCUCCCUGGGCGGGGGGGAGGUCCCUGACCCCCCCGAGGGGGUCUCCGUCGACGCAGCCUGGGGUCACGGCUGCGAGGUCAUCGUGGGGUUGAACGCGAGGGAUUCGCGCGACCUGGAAGAGGUGCUGUGCGAGGCGAUGAAGUAGCGAGGACAGGCCUGGGACAGCUUCCUGUGGUGCCACGAGGUGACGGCUUCACCGGUACCACCGCCACCAUCUUCUGGCGCCCUCGCUGUUCAUCACGACGCUUCGUACGGCUACGGUGGACUUGAUGGUGUUUUUUUCUAUUAAACUGGUUUUAAUCGCCCGGGAUGGACAACGUGAAGCGGGGAUGUGGACGCGAGCGAGUGAGCGGCACUUCACGGCGAAGAUGGAACAAUCCCCGCGCCCACGUUGUGUCUCGAUCCUGCAAGUGGUCUCUUUUUUUAUUUUUUUGGAACGUACCGGUGACCGAGACACAAACCAUGAUGGCGGAGACGAGAUUGGACAACGUGGACAGUAGUCGGUCAUUUCAAUCCAUGACUUUUUGUUUUUACGAAAUAAUUAUUUUAAAACAAAUUCACAAACGGUGUUGAUACAUUUUUAAUCGGAGACUCUUGUUUUUAAGUUUUUUUUUAUAGUUGAAACAAGAGAAAGGAGCUGUGAUUUUAUAAAAUGUUCGUGCCAGAGUGGCCAGUGUUCACCAAACGAGGCAUGGACGCUGUCGGAGAAAUUAAUGUAUGCCCGGCACACCACACCCAGUAUACCUCCCGUUGUGGCUGCGGCUAUACACGUGACAUCAAUACCCCACCUACUCAAGUCUUCCAGCAACUUGGAAAAUAUUUUCCACAAACCGGCACACCACAUCCAGUUGUACCUCCUCGCUAUGGCAGUGCGGGUACGACUGGUCACGUGCCACAGGCUCCAGUCUACUAGUGACCCGGGAAAAUAAUUCAUUGAGAGAUGUAAAGCCCUGGACGCCAUUGACUGAACACAAACUGUGCUUUCUGAGUCCUGAAUGUCGACCGCUGGAAUGAAGAAAGUGUUUAUGGUGUGGGGGAAUUUUAGGGGAUUUUUUUAGUUUUUGGUCGUUAUGCAGUACGGUAAACUUGUUAAUGAUGUUUCGGGUUGGUGGGUGGGUGGGUGGGUGGUGGGGGGGGGAUGACUUCUUUCAAACCAGAGCUUCGAAAAAAAUCUGUUACGCUCCCUUUCCUCUUCCUGCAACUUGCGGCGCCGCCGUAUGAGGGUUUCGUUUUUGUGCGAUUUCACUUGCCUGCGGCGAACCUACUCCUACCAAAAAAUGUGCUGGACUAUGCGGUUGGAAAUCACUGUACAUGGUGCGUUCGGACGUGGGACAAUAUUGUGUGUGCGUGCGCAGUGCAUGCGCUGCACUGAGAAUGGCAGUGUGGUUUUGCUUUGUGCGCACCCUUUGUUUUUUUGGACCGCAUUUACCGUGUAAGGGGGGGGCGGGGACCCGUGUGUCACUCUUCCUAAAGCCAUAUUCCUCUGCCGUGGGUUUUCACUGCGGUGGUUCGUCACUCCAGGUUUUAAAGGGAAUGCAGAGGCCGCCCCCAGUGUUCCAGCCAGGCUGGCUCGUGUGUGGAGGGGUGGACACCUGGGCAGUGGUUUCUAUCACAUUGGGAAGCCCCACACAGACUGAAAUGGAGACCCAUAGAAGCUCACAGAUCCCACCCCGACAGCCUUCACACACUGUUAGCAAGAACCUGUGAAGGCUGGCACAGCACACGAGGUGGUGGGUGGCCAGCACGAUUCAUUCUCGGCCGCCUUUGUCUCCCUAGCGGUGAUGUUUACACACUGCACCAGGUACUAAUUUAAGACGGUCGGCCUAGGGCAGUGGUGCUUAACCUUUACUGCAGCCUUACAUCCCUUUGGUUCUCAAUCGUAAACACAAAUAUAUAUAAUAUUAAUACAUAGGGAUUUGAUGAAACAAAGUAGUUGUUGUUCUUAUGUGCUCGUGCUUAAUUUGUGUUUUCGAUUAUUUACCUUCUAACAAAAUCUGGACACGUCUCACACUCCCAGAAAGGGCAUCUCUGCACCCCAGGUUAAGAACCACUGCUCUAGGGGAUACCAAGGACCGGUUCGGAUAAUCGCCAUUGCUGGCCACGAGUGGAAAUCGAUCCCGGUCGCCAGGUUCGGAACGCGACGUGCUCACCACUGCAACUACCGCUCCCCGCUAGAGUCGCACGCGGACCCACAGAGAUCCAUACUCGCACAAAUCUAGAGCCAUACACAGUAUUCAAAUCUCGAGCCAUAGACUGGCACAUGUACCACCCAUCGGCUCCGUCGUUGAACACGGAGAGCCACAGACGUGUGCACGCAGCUUCCCAUGGGGAACCGGUCUGACCCGAGCCCAGCACUUGGGGCAUCGUCGUCAUCAUCAUCGCCACCGAACGUUGCCUUUUGCGUGUCACUUGUCAAUGAAUCCACGCGCGCCGUGGUGUUAUCAACUUGAGAGUGGAAGCCACGAGGUGGCGUUUUUUGUAGCCUCCUCAACCCUGGAGCCAACGAACCAGCAGCUCCCACUGCAUGAUUAAAUGUGUUUCAUGAUAAAGAAAAAAAAAUGCUGUGCCUGUAUUUUGUAAUCAAAGUUUUUAUUGUAUUAACUUAUUAUGCAGCCUUGUAUGGGACUAUUUCUCUUUCGCCGUGAACAAGGUUGUGAACAUGACGAGGGCCCAUGCGACGGAAUUGUGACGCGUGGUCUACUUUCACAUGGACGAAUCUCGUGAUUUCAAACGAAACCCUCCAAUAAACUGGAAACGAAAA